CGACAUUUCACGACUUCAUUAGGUAAACUGAGCACAGCACCAAUCCUACUUAACAGUCGCAGCUUACAGAUAGAGCGUCUCAAAAAAUAUCGCAUGCUGGAAAACAAGGAAUUCGACUCCGAAGAAUCAUAAGAACGCGUUGUUACUGGCCCUCAGCCAAACGUCAUUGUCAACAACGACCAUGCCUGAGAUAAUCCUAUCGAUCAACGCUGGUUCUUCUAGCGUCAAAAUCUCCGUCUACAAGACCGCAGAAGAUGGCGCCGACGUACCCAAACAGCUCGCAGAAGCGUCAGUUGACGGGCUUACCGCCCCUCCGGCAAAGCUCAAAUACUCGCGCGGAGAUGAAAAGAUCAAGGGCAAAGAGCUAGAAGGCAUCUCAUCACAAGAAGACGCCUUCAACUACAUCUUAGACCACCUGACCAAGGACGAGGGCCUCACCGAAUUGAACAACAAGGAGGAUAUCCACUUUACGUGCCACCGUGUUGUGCAUGGUGGCGACUAUCCCCGUUCCCAGGUCAUCGACAAAGAAACCUACCACCACAUCGAAGAGCUCAGUGACCUGGCACCCUUACACAACGCUCCUGCGCUCAGUAUCGUGCGCGCAGUCGCCGAUAUUUUGCCUCAUGCGAAGAAUAUCGCAUACUUUGAUUCGUCGUUCCACAACACGCUCCCAGAGCACGUCUGCACAUAUCCCAUCGACCAACUCGUCGCAAAGAAGAACAAGCUCCGAAAAUACGGAUUCCACGGCAUCUCGUACAGCUUCAUCGUACACGCCGUAUCAACCUACCUCAAGAAGCCCGUCGAAGAACUCAACAUCAUCGCUCUGCAUCUCGGCUCCGGCGCAAGCGCAUGCUGCAUACAAGGCGGUAAGAGCGUAGACACGUCCAUGGGCCUCACACCUCUCGCUGGUCUGCCUGGUGCAACGAGGUCUGGAAGCAUUGAUCCGAGUUUGAUGUUCCACUUCACACACAGUGCGGGGAAGCCGAGUCAUAGCUCGGGUACAAAGAUGCAUAUCACGCAGGCUGAGGAGAUUCUAAAUAAAAAGAGUGGGUGGCAGGCUCUCACUGGUACUACGGAUUUUGGCAAGAUAAGCGCGAGUGAUCGACAUGAGGAUAAGCUGGCGUUUGAUAUCUUCGUCGACCGCAUUGGGAAUUAUGUUGCUCCUUACUUCACGAAGCUUGAUGGCAAGGUGGAUGCGCUAGUGUUUGCGGGUGGCAUUGGCGAGAAGGGGGAUAGGCUGAGGAAAGAGGUUGUCAAAGGCGUCAAGUGUCUUGGAUUUGGGAUCGAUGACGGAAAGAAUGGCCAGCUAGUGGAAGAUGUGGUGACGGAUAUCAGUGGAAAGGACUCAAGAUACAAGACCUUGGUGGUUCAAACAGAUGAACAAUUGGAGAUGGCGAGAGGAGUUUUGGUCGACAAGGAUCGAUUCGUGGGCAAGAAGUAGACGAAAACUGGGAUUGUUUGUCCAAAGGUUUCAAACUCAUGAAUGAUAAUUUGAACAUGGUACUGUUCCCAAGUAGAUUUUGUACAUCUCAUAAAGUUGGAAGGGAUUA